UGGUUAUUUGUAUUUUUUAGCACGCGCCUACUAGCAAGGGGCAAAAUGGAUUACGUCAAUCAAUCCUACGCGUCUCCUUCCCAAUCGCCAUAGUGCUGAGACUUGGGGGCAAACAACAGUUUUUUAAGAGUUUUGGGUGUCUGUCGGCCCUUUUUAUUUCAGUUUUCUAUUUUGUUCGAUCUUUAUCACUCGACUCUCAUCACCAUCAAAGAUCACUACAAUCUUCUCACACAUCUUUACUCUGCUGAUUGUCCUAGGCUUCGAGAUGGAAGGCAGUAUAAAGAAUGAACUCUACUCUGACAUUUAUGAUAUGUCAAAUCUUCAAUCAAGUCUUCGGUCGACUACCAAUUCUGGAAACAAGGAUUCACAUGACAGCGAUUGGUGCGAGUUAUGGAGUGAUGACGGAGAUUUGUGUCAUGAUUCUACUGAUAAGUUAGAUAAAACAUCUGAAAUGGACAGGGAAUGGCAGAGGCGGCAUGACCAAUUCCAUACUAUUGGAUUCCGUGAUGGUCUUAUGGCUGGGAAAGAAGCUUCAGCACAAGAGGGGUUUAAUGUUGGUUUUAGGGACUCUGUAUAUGUUGGGUACAACUGGGGUCUUGUCAGAGGUAUCACUAGUGCUUUAGCCUCUCUUCCUGAUGGCUUAAAAGAAAGAAUGGUUGAUACAAAGGAAAUGCAGAAUAAGUUCCAGCACUUACAUGAGUCUGUGCGAUCUCGUUCAGCAGCGGAGAUGCUUAAGGUAUUCCAUGAUUAUCUGUCAAAGAAAUCAGAAGAGUGUGAUUUAAAUGAUAGCUCUAGCUCCUGCUUGGCGGAUUCCAAUGACCUCAGCUCUGAUGACAGUCUCUUUGAGAAUUACCAGAAAGAGCUACAAUCUCUCAUUGAUGAAUCAGGGCUCAAAUUACACUUAGAUACAAAGGACUAGUUCUUUUCUUGCUUUACUCACUGAAGUCACUUGUCACUUUUUUGAGAAGUGAUAGUGUUCAUCCCAAUCCAUGUAAAUUGCAUUCAGUAAAGAAAAGUUAGAUAGUAUACUUGAAUGCAUAGUUUGUACAUGGAAUAUUUCUAUUUUCCAACAUUGUAUGCAUGAUUUAAGUUUAAAAUGUGUGGUAUUGUUACA